AUGGCAGAUGGUACCUACAGGUUCCAGCAGCCUGGGGCCGGGCAGUUCUACUUCCAAACUCAAGCACAACAGAACCCUCAUCAGCGACACAUUGUUCGAAACGGGACCAAUUCCCCGACGGGUCGACUGAAAUUCAACACCGACACCCCCUCCCCCUCCCGAUCCCCUGCCCUAAAUCAGGCUGCUGCUAUUGCCCCUUUCAACAAUAUGUACGGUCAAACUCAUCAAGGUCAGCAUGUCAUGAUGAAUGGCGGUCAAGCCCACCAGCGGUUUGGUAUGCAGAUCCCGAAGUUCCAAUCGCAAACCCACCACUCCCAUCACACUCAACAGCAGCACCAUCACACUCAUCAUACACAAGCGACUCACAACCUCACCCAUCAACACAAUUUCGCGGGCGGCGGACUCGCAACUACCACAACCUCGCAUUUCACCUCUACUCACCUGCAGAACGGAGUACCGACCGCUGUGGAUGAUGAUCUGGACGAAUCAAUGAAUGAGCACUGGCAGCAGCAGCUCCAGCUUGCUGCGGAGUCUAGGCAAGCGACGUCCCCCCACUACCAUGCCCGCGUCAUCGCGCAACAAACAAAAGGCAUUCAACUCAUGCCUAGUCAAACCGACCCAGAAAACGGGACAGAAGGGCGCAACGGUGCAUCCGCGGGGAAGCCAGCUAGCCGACAAGGCUGGAAUGCGCUUGACUUUGGUGGUCAAGGCUUGCGCGCUUUGACCACGUCCUUGUUCAACUAUGGUUUCAUCGAGAAGCUGUAUCUCAAUCACAACAAGCUGAAAGUGUUACCACCAGCUAUCGGGCAGCUGCGGAAGUUGACUCAUUUAGAUCUUUCGGGUAAUGAUCUGACAGAGCUACCAGAAGAACUUGGCAUGCUUUCAAAUCUGAAGAAGCUUUACCUGUUCGAUAACAACAUUCGCACCCUCCCUUACGAAAUGGGAUACCUUUACCGGCUGGAAACCUUGGGCAUUGAGGGCAACCCCCUGAACGAAGUUCUCAAGUCUCAAAUCAUGAAAGAUGGCACCAAGGCUCUUAUCAAGUACCUGAAAGAAGAGAUGCCAGUUCACCUACCUCCUCCCGAACGUGAUUGGGUAAUCCUAGAUGAUACCUCAAGCACAUCCAACAGUACUACAGAAAAGAUCACCGUUCUGUCAUACAACACCUUGUGCGACUCUUCUGCUACCCAAUCGCACUACGGAUAUGUCCCCUCACGUGUUUUGUCCUGGGAAUACCGACGCGAACUUAUUCUCAGCGAAUUACGAGCACACAACUCCGACAUUGUUUGUCUUCAGGAGGUUGACCAAGGAAGUUACAACAAUUUCUUCCGGGAACAGCUUGCCUACAAUGAUUACAAGGGUAUCUACUGGCCGCGUGGGCGUGCAAUGGGUAUGCAAGAGGAAGACGCCCGUUCAGUGGAUGGCUGUGCUACAUUUUUCAAGGGUAGCAAGUAUAUCCUGUUGGACAAGCAGUUGAUCAACUUCGGUCAAACAGCUGUGCGUCGACCCGACGCCAAGGGCCAGGAUGAUAUCUACAAUCGACUGUGGCAGAAGGAUCACAUUGCUGUUGUUAUCUUCCUGGAAAACCGACAAACCGGUGCGCGCUUCAUCAGUGUAAAUGCUCACCUGUACUGGGACCCAGCCUUCAAGGAUGUCAAGCUCAUCCAAACCGCCAUUUUGAUGGAGGAAAUUACUAAGCUUUCAGACAACUAUGCCAAAUGGCCCGCUUGCACGGACAAGACCGCAUUCCGUUUCUCAGAGGCUGAAAGUGGUUCAGAGACUGCUCCUGUUGUGGAACCAGCACCGUCAAUGGAAUACGCCACCGGCGAUCAAAUUCCCGUUCUUAUGUGCGGUGAUUUCAACUCCUCUCCUGGAUCCGCAGCCUACAACCUUAUCUCCACUGGAUGCCUGCCUGAAGAGCACCCGGACCUUGAGAAGCGUCUUUACGGAAACCUCAGCCGGGUCGGUAUGAAACAUCCCUUCAAGCUCAGGUCCGCAUACUCUUCUAUGGGUGAACUCAGCUUCACCAACUACACUUCCGACUUCACGGCCAUCCUUGAUUAUAUCUGGUAUUCCUCCAAUACUCUCCAUGUGUCGGCACUGCUCGGCGAGGUGGACAAGGAGUAUCUACGUCGCGUGCCUGGAUUCCCGAAUUUCCAUUUCCCCAGUGAUCACGUUGCAUUGCUAGCGGAGUUUACGGUCAAGGGCAAGAAGGGCAAGGUGGUGGAGGCAGACUUUGGACCGCAACGGCACUAA